CAAGUGCGAUGGUGAAUGAUUUUCACAAACCCUGUAGCGAUAUUGAAACAUAGGUAGACAACCAUUUCUAUUACUAUUACGCCGAAUUAACCAAGAAUUGCUCGACUUGGUGUUUGGAAGAUAGUCGCGACUUGAAAUAAUCGGUUUUCGUUGAACUGAUUAGCAUUGCUAGCUAGAGAAGUGGGGAGGAAGAAACUAGUUACAACGGUACAGCAUCGUGAACGUGUUGCAGUUAAUGCUGUUUAACUGAAUAAGCUCCAGUCACAGCAGAUUCUGUAACUGUAUUAUUGGGAGUAGUAUCUUUAUUUCUUGUCACACUGACGACCAGUCUGCAAAACCCGAAGACAGGCGGAGAGAUGGCGAGCUCGGUGGGAAACGUGGCCGACAGCACAGAACCAACAAAACGUAUGCUUUCCUUCCAAGGGUUGGCUGAGCUGGCACACCGCGAGUAUCAGUCAGGUGAUUUUGAGGCAGCAGAGCGCCACUGCAUGCAACUAUGGCGGCAGGAGCCAGACAAUACCGGUGUUCUGCUGCUGCUUUCUUCGAUCCACUUCCAGUGCCGCAGGCUUGACAGGUCUGCUCACUUCAGCACCCUGGCCAUUAAACAGAAUCAAAUGCUUGCUGAGGCCUACUCCAACCUGGGCAACGUGUUUAAGGAGCGUGGUCAACUGCAGGAGGCGAUCGAGCACUAUCGGCACGCGCUGCGGCUAAAGCCUGACUUCAUCGAUGGCUACAUCAACCUGGCAGCGGCUCUGGUUGCAGCCGGAGACAUGGAGGGUGCUGUGCAGGCUUAUGUGUCUGCUCUUCAGUACAACCCGGAUCUGUAUUGUGUUCGCAGCGACUUGGGCAACCUUCUUAAAGCUCUUGGGCGUUUGGAAGAGGCAAAGGCUUGCUACCUGAAGGCAAUUGAGACUCAGCCAAACUUUGCCGUGGCAUGGAGCAACCUGGGCUGCGUGUUCAAUGCUCAGGGAGAGAUCUGGCUCGCCAUUCAUCAUUUUGAGAAAGCAGUAACCUUGGAUCCAAAUUUUUUGGAUGCUUACAUAAACUUGGGCAAUGUACUUAAAGAAGCUCGCAUCUUCGACAGAGCUGUUGCUGGUUAUCUGCGAGCCCUCAGUCUGAGCCCCAACCAUGCUGUAGUCCACGGCAACCUGGCUUGUGUGUACUACGAGCAGGGUCUGAUAGAUUUGGCCAUUGACACCUAUCGGCGUGCAAUUGAGCUGCAGCCUCACUUCCCUGACGCUUACUGCAAUCUGGCUAAUGCUCUUAAAGAAAAAGGCAAUGUAUCGGAGGCUGAGGAGUGCUACAACACUGCACUUCGCCUUUGCCCCACGCAUGCUGACUCACUCAAUAACCUUGCCAACAUCAAGAGGGAGCAAGGCAACAUUGAGGAGGCUGUCCAGCUCUACAGGAAAGCUCUUGAGGUGUUUCCAGAGUUUGCUGCAGCCCACUCCAACCUGGCCAGCGUCCUUCAGCAACAGGGCAAGCUACAGGAAGCCCUCAUGCAUUACAAAGAAGCUAUCAGGAUCAGCCCCACCUUUGCUGAUGCUUAUUCCAACAUGGGAAACACACUGAAGGAGAUGCAGGAUGUUCAGGGGGCACUGCAGUGCUACACACGUGCUAUUCAGAUCAACCCUGCAUUUGCUGAUGCUCACAGCAACCUGGCCUCAAUACACAAGGACUCUGGGAAUAUUCCAGAAGCUAUUGCAUCUUACCGCACUGCUCUGAAGCUCAAACCUGACUUCCCAGAUGCUUAUUGCAAUCUUGCACACUGCCUGCAGAUUGUUUGUGACUGGACCGAUUAUGAUGAGCGCAUGAAGAAGUUGGUUAGCAUUGUGGCUGACCAGUUGGAAAAGAACCGACUGCCCUCGGUGCACCCUCAUCACAGCAUGUUGUAUCCUCUUUCCCAUGGCUUCCGUAAAGCCAUUGCUGAGAGACAUGGCAACCUUUGCUUGGAUAAGAUCAAUGCUCUUCAUAAGCCUGCCUAUGAGCAUCCUAAAGAUCUAAAAGCUAGUGCAGGCCGUUUGCGCAUUGGCUAUGUAAGCUCAGACUUUGGCAACCACCCCACCUCCCACCUCAUGCAAUCCAUUCCUGGCAUGCACACAUCUGAAAAGUUUGAGGUGUUCUGCUAUGCCCUCAGUCCUGAUGACAGCACAAACUUUAGAGUCAAAGUGAUGGCUGAAGCCCAUCAUUUUACUGAUCUUUCCCAGAUUCCCUGCAAUGGCAAAGCUGCAGACAGGAUCCACCAAGAUGGAAUUCACAUCUUAGUCAAUAUGAAUGGUUAUACCAAAGGUGCUCGUAAUGAGCUGUUUGCAUUGCGACCAGCUCCCAUUCAGGCGAUGUGGCUUGGCUACCCAGGCACCAGUGGAGCUCCCUUCAUGGACUACAUAGUUACUGAUAAGGAGACCUCUCCAGUUGAUGUGGCUGAGCAGUAUUCUGAGAAGAUGGCCUACAUGCCAAACACAUUCUUUAUUGGAGAUCAUGCUAACAUGUUCCCACACCUUAAGAAAAAGGCUGUGAUUGACUUUAAGUCUAAUGGACACAUUUUUGACAAUCGCAUCGUACUAAAUGGAAUUGACCUCAAAGCAUUUUUAGACAGCCUACCAGAUGUCAAGGUCAUCAAGAUGGAGUGUGACAGCCAGGAGGCCACAGAUAGUAAUGGAUCCCUCUCCAUGCCCGUCAUCCCUAUGAACACAGCUGCUGAGGCCAUUAUAAACAUGAUCAACCAGGGCCAGAUCCAGGUCACCAUCAAUAGUUUCACAGUCAGCAAUGGCUUGGCUACCACCCAGAUGGGUCAGAUGGGUGUCAUCAGCUCCAGAAUUGUACCCAUGAUUAAUAAUAAGGCUGCCACGGGAGAAGAGGUUCCUAGAACAAUUGUUGUGACCACUCGCUCUCAGUAUGGUCUACCUGAGGACUCCAUUGUCUACUGUAACUUCAACCAACUUUACAAGAUUGACCCCCCAACUCUUCAGAUGUGGGCCAAUAUUCUGAAACGUGUGCCAAACAGCGUCCUCUGGCUGUUGCGCUUCCCAGCUGUGGGUGAACCCAACAUCCAGCAAUAUGCCCAGAACAUGGGCCUGCCUGCCAGCCGCAUCAUCUUCUCCCCUGUUGCCCCUAAAGAGGAACAUGUGAGGCGUGGCCAGCUGGCUGAUGUCUGUCUUGACACGCCUCUCUGCAAUGGCCACACCACUGGCAUGGAUGUGCUCUGGGCUGGGACCCCAAUGGUCACAAUGCCAGGCGAGACACUUGCUUCUCGCGUGGCUGCCUCGCAGUUGACCUGCCUUGGUUGCCCUGAGCUCAUCGCACAGAGUCGCCAGGAGUACGAAGAUGUGGCCGUAAAACUCGGCACAGACAUGGAGUACUUGAAGAAGGUCCGUUCCCGUGUGUGGAAACAGCGUAUCUGCAGCCCGCUCUUCAACACUAAGCAGUACACUAUGGACUUAGAGCGCCUCUACCUGCAGAUGUGGGAGCACCAUGCAAGCGGUGCCAAACCCGACCACAUGGUGAAGAUGCAGUUGCUUGACACCAGUGAAAGCGCCUGAUCUGCACCCCUCUCCCCCUUUCCCCUCCAUGAGUUACUCAACCCCUACGCUUCCUCUGUUUUCAUCAGUGUCAGAGACUCCAUAGAGCCUGCUGUUGAUCACUUUGAACUGACCCUUCAGCCACAGAUUUAGUUUCUCUGAGCCAGCGAGGAGAGUGUGAUGAUUAAUCCUCCUUCACUGAGACUCCUUUUCCACCCAAAAAAAAAAUUUUUUCACGCUGCCUUCACUUCCCCAGUGCUUCUCUGUUCUGCUUGGGUAUGGACUUUUAAAGACAGAACAAUCUUGUGUCAAAUUGUGACCUUUGUGUCUUUAGAUGAAGGUGUUUUUUUUUUUUUUUUAAGCAUCAGAGGGACAGUGUUGAACUUAAACACUUUGGUAUGUUGCUAAAAAUGAAAGAUUUUCUGAUAACAUGCUAAUGUGAACGUUUGCCUUUUUAUUUAGCAGAUAUUUCUUUAUCUAUUUUAAGUCGGUUCAUCAUGACCUGGGAUAGAUAAGUGAAUUGUACUGAUUCUCAAACGCUUUAUUUUUUUUUUUUUCGUCACUCAUGCUAAAUGCUUUCAGUUAUAUUGUUUUUCGUAAAACAUGCCCAGAAUGUCUGUGGAGAAUCUAGAAUGAAGAACCCACCCCCCCCCUCCUCAAUGCAAAUCUGAUCAUAGCCCGCAGACUACCCUAAUGUACAUCCCAAAUGCUAAUGUUUUAUUAUUUUUACCAGAAAGGUUUAAGGUAAGUAUUUUCUGAGUUCAACAUUUUGUACACUGUCUUUCUGUUGAUCAUUUUAUUUAUGCUCUCGGUGAAAUUGCAAGGCUCUUACAUAAGCAGAAAUAAUAAAGAAAUGUGGCAAA